CUCGCGUCUGCUCACUGGCCAUGCCUUUUUCUUUCGCUACCAGCAUCGAAACUACAGUACAGUAGUUGUGACCUGAACGACUUGCCCAGCCUGCUGAGGCUUCAUCUGCCUCCAUUUAUGGGAUUCACCAUUCUUGCAGUAGCGUCGUCCCUAACUCACUUGCCACCGCCUAGUUCCAUUUAGGGUUUGCGCGACCUUGUUGGAUGGACUGCAGAGUUAGACUUCUAGGUUAGAGCAUCGGCUGGCGGGACAUUAUGACGAGGCGGGAACCUCGUCCUAGAUGGCACUGGUUGAUAAGUUUCGUAGUGUUACUAUCGUAUCCAUCUAGAGAGCUCGCGUCUCGACCAAAUCCGAGAGAAACUUUUAGAUUCCGAGCUUCCGCUUUGGGAAGAUGAGUGGAGUUUACGACCGCUCGUGUCGGAAAUCGUGGAGACAACGGACUUGUCGAAUCUCAAAGAUAUUCCCUCGAAUAUCUCGGGAACAUACAAAGGCACGUGGGAGGUGGCGAGGAACUCGUCGUCGUCGCGAUUCCCGGACCUUCAGAAAACUCUGGAAACAUCAUCUUCCAACUCAAGACCAGCAGCACGGCGCGCCCCGAGGUCCACUACGUUCAUGGCGAGGUGGUGUUGCGGGACGGCAUGUACAUUAGCGACGGCGACGUGCACAUGAAGUUGGAAGGGUCUACCUCCGCCCUUUCGGCCACCUUAGAAUGGUCCUUAGCAGUUCGGCUGGAGCUGAGCCCACAGAAGUGGACGAAGAGAGCACCGCCAACGGUUACCAGCUGGAGCUGCGCGACUCCAGUAAACGAGCACCAGGAUCGCCGAUCACACAGCAGCGGUUGUGGAAAUGGCAAAGAACUGCAAGAUACGGAUGAUCACGCACGUCUCCCCCGCCGUGUGGGAGUGGCGAAACGGCGUGCAGGAGCACGUGCCCAGUCAGAUGCAGGGCUUCGUGGAGAGCGUGCGAGAGGACAGCAGCGCAGACCGCGCCUCUCGCCACCCCUUCGUCAGACCAACCGUUGCCGCCUCCUCAGCAGCAGCAGCCGCAGCAGCAGCAGCAGCUGCAGCUGGGGGGAGGGGGAGGCGGGGGAAGGGGAGGAUGAGAGCGACGCGCCAUGCUUUGCUACCCUGAGGAUCAACGCGACUGCGGUUGACCUGGAGGCGUACUACAAUAAGGCCGUGAACUACACUCUCAUGGUCACCUUGUCGAUCAAUGCGACGGCUGUUGACCUGGAGGCGUACUACAGCAAGGCCGUCAACUACACUCUCAUGGUCACCUUCGUCUCCUUCCUGCAGGUGCUCUUCAUCAUCCGCCAGAUGGAGCACAGCAACACACAAUCGGGAGCAGCCAAGGUGUCGAUGCUGAUGGUGGGCCAGCAGGCCAUCAUGGACGCCUAUCUCUGCCUGCUGCACCUCACAGCCGGCAUCGUCGUGGGAGCGGAGUCCCUAUUCAAUGCAUUCGCCACAGCGGCGUUCUUCAAGUUUGUCAUCUUCUCCAUCUUCGAGAUGCGCUACCUGCUCGCCAUCUGGAAGGCGCGUCGCCCCGCGCAGUCGUCCGAGAGCUGGGAUCUCAUGCGGCGGGAGCUCUCCAUCCUCUACUCGCGAUUCUACGGCUUUCUCCUGGGGGGCAUCCUCUUGAAUCUACCGCUUCAGCACGGCGCUGCGCUACCUCUGCUUCUCUUCUACUCCUUCUGGAUCCCCCAGAUAGUCACAUCUGUUAUAAGGGACUCCCGCAAGCCGCUCCACGUGCACUACAUCCUCGGCAUGUCUGCAACGCGCCUCGCCAUCCCACUCUACAUUUCGGCUGCCCGAAAAACUUUAUGCGGGUGGAGCCGAGUCCGGCGUGGUGUGCGGCGCUGAUUGCGUUCAUGGGGCGCAGGUGCGGCGCUGCUGCUGCAGCACUACUUGGGGCCCGCUGGUUCAUCCCCAAACAGUUCCUACCCGAAAAGUACUCCUACUUCCGCCGCGUGUCGUGCCUCAUGCGGCAGAGCAGCGACGCCGAUGACAGCGGCCCUGCGGACUGCGUCAUCUGCAUGACGCCUGUGCCCAUCACCUCCCACUCCAUGGACCGCAUGGUGACCCCGUGUGACCACAUGUUCCACACGGCAUGCCUCCAGCGCUGGAUGGACAUCAAGAUGGAAUGCCCCACCUGCCGCCGCUGCCUGCCGCCCGUCUGACACCCCCCUCCCACCCACCAUCACCCUCUCUCCACAACCUCCACCAUCUUGACCCCUCUGUCACUGUCACCGUCUCCCCUCCCCACCACCACUGCCUCCCCCCCGUCUGACAAUCCCCGACAAUCCCCUCGCCAUUACCUUCUAUAUCACCCUCCCUCCCACCAUCUUCUUCCCAUGUCCCUCCGUCACCACCCGUUGGGGACCUAAGAAGGCUGUGAUCCACCUUGGUGGAUCCCACACUAGCCACAAGCAAUGGGCGCUGCCUACACGCUGUGAUUUGGCCUCAAAAGAGGCACUGUAGCAUCUUGUUGGGGAAUAUGGGGAACACUAAGGCAGCAUCAGCGUGGUGUUGAUGCGAUUACGAUAAGUGCUGAAAAGGGGAGGUUUUUUAAUUAGAAAAUGUGCAGUGGGUCUUACGUGGCCUGGUAUGAAAUUCCGGCUGAAAAAGAAAUGGUGUAGUCCGGCCUGUCACUAGGUUCUACGGCCAGGGAUGCCGAAUAGGAACCGUUGCAAGCAUUUUCAACAUUUACCAGCGUUA